AUGCUUUCUUCUGCAUGUGUCUAUCACAGUCUUGAGUCCACAACUGUCGUACGAGUGGGUCGUUUUGCGGAAUUAACGAUCUGGCCCCAAUCCGUGUGCCUGUUUCUUUCUUUUUUCUUUCUUUCUGUCUAUCUAUCUAUCUAUCUAUCUAUCUAUCUAUCUAUGUCUGCUUCUUUCUAUCUAUCUCCCACUGACUGUAACAGAGUUUUUCUUUCUUUUAUGUAUUUUAGUUUUAUUCUUUAUUUCUUAAACUAUCUUUUUCUGUUUGUUUCUUUUUUCUUUCAUUUUACAGUUUGCUACUUUUCUCUCUCUCUCUCUCUCUCUCUCUCUCAUUCUCACUGUAUGACAUUUUGUUUCCUUAUUUCUAUACGUUCAAGUAUCAUAAUCUUUGACUUUCUUUUUUUAUCUAUCUAUCUAUCUAUCUAUCUAUCUAUCUAUCUAUCUAUCUAUCUAUCUAUCUAUCUAUCUAUCUUUUCUUUCUUUAUUUCUUUAUAUAUUUAUUUCUCCCAUCAAUUUUCGCUAUAUUUUUAUUUGAUAUUCUAUAUCCAUUCAUAUAUAUCACUCUUGUUCUUUCUUUCUUUCUUUCUUUCUUUCUUUCUUUCUUUCUUUCUUUCUUUCUUUCUUUCUUUCUUUCUUUCUUUCCAGAUUGUUACUAUCUAUUUCUUUAUUUAUAUCCAUUCAUGUAUAUCUCUCUUGUUAUUUCUUUCUUUCUUUCUUCAUCUAUCUAUCUAUCUAUCUAUCUAUCUAUCUAUCUAUCUAUCUAUCUAUCUAUCUAUCUAUUUCGUUUUAUAUAUCAUAUAG